AUGCCAGGCCGCCGGCAAGCUCCGCUUGGCAGGGGCGGGGCGCGGCCUGCAGGUGGCGCCCUGGCCUUGCGGCGGGCGGGGCGGGGCGGGGCGGGGGUGCGUGCUCCGCCGCGGCCCCUGCGGCGUGGCCCGGGCGGGGCGGGGAGCGGGGCCGAGCCCCCGGUGCGAGGGGCCGGCGGCGGCAGGGUGCGGGGGUCAGCCCGGUACUCGCGGGUACCAGCUGAGCAUUGUGGAAAACAAGUGCGCGCGGUGAAAAGCCGUUGGUAUCUGUGGACCGUCCCAACAGAUGUCACCAACAGAUCUGUAUUGAUUGCCGAGAUGCACUGGACCACAGUUUUGCCAUGCUCUGUUGAACAUCUGCUGUACCACACUCCAGAUGUGGCUGUGUUUCACAGACAGAAAGAAAUAUGAAGCAGAA